CUUCUUGCACUUGAGUUUGAGGCCAUCAUCAACAACAGAAAAUAAAUUUAAAAAAAUAUAAUAAUAAACAAAAACACAUUCAAACACUUCCAACUUUUUCUUAAUUUCUCUGAAAAAUCCAAAAAUUACAGAACAGAGAAACUAAAAAGGAAAAAGAUCAGAGAAGUGUUUUUCGUUUUUUGUUAGCAUGCCACAGUUACGCCGGAAAAUUGAGCAAUCUACGACGCUGCGGCGGCGGAUCGAGAAGCGCGUUGUGGUUCUACGGAGGUGCUUCCUCCGUGUGCUCCACCACUUCAUCACGUGCUCCGGCGGAAAGAACACGAAGCCAGCCAAUGCCGCCACGUACCACGUACUUCCGGCCGAUGCGGCGGCAUUGCCAUCUCCUCGGCUGUUGGAUGAAGCGGCUUCGCCACCAAAGUUUCAUGCUCAUGAGUUGGAUCCCGAUUUGGUUUCUUUGAAGAUCACUUUGUUAGGUGAUUCUCAAAUUGGAAAAACCAGCUUCUUGGUGAAAUAUGUUGGGGAUGAGAAUGGGCAACAGGGUAAAGGGUUGAAUCCGAUGGACAAAACUUUGGAUGUUAGAGGGGCACGUAUUUCGUAUUCAAUCUGGGAAGUUCAAGGUGAUUCAAAAUCAAUAGAGCAAAUUCCAGUGGCAUGUACGGACUCUGUGGCAAUCUUAAUCAUGUUUGAUCUAACAAGCAGAUUCACAUUAAACAGUGUUCUAGGAUGGUACACAGAAGCCAGGAAAUGGAACCAGACUGCAAUUCCAGUGUUGAUAGGAACCAAAUUUGAUGAUUUCAUUCAGCUCCCUAUUGAUAUGCAAUGGACCAUUGCUAGUGAGGCAAGAGCAUAUGCUAAGGCCCUCAAUGCCCCCUUGUUCUUUUCAAGUGCAACCUACAACAUCAAUGUGAACAAGAUCUUCAAGUUCAUCACUGCCAAACUCUUUGACCUACCAUGGACAGUGGAGAGAAAUCUAAAUGUUGGGGAGCCUAUCAUUGAUUUCUAAGAACUGUAAAUAAUAACAGCAUGCAUAGAAUGUUGAAGCUUGAAAAACCAGUAACUAAAACAAAAAAAGUUCAGGAGCAACCGGCCAACCAGAGAUGCCUGUCGUUCGCAUCUCGGGGCAAACGAGUUGUUAGGUUUAGUCAAAGCAAAAGCAUGUAGCUUUUCAAAACAAAGGAGACUCCUCAUUCCUCAAUCAUCAUCAGCAAUGAGGUUUGGUUUCACAAUGGAAGGAAUAAAAGGGAAAGUGAGUAAGAAAGAAGAAAUGGAAACAGGAGAAGAGGACUAAUAAGGUUUCAACUUGAAGGAAUUGUCCUAUCAGAUAUCAAAGGAAGAAAGAAAAUGUGAUACCAAUUUUGUAUUUAGGCUUAAGAAGGAGAUAAGGACAUGUUUAACAGUAGUAGAAAGUUAGCCAUGUUCCAAACUCCCUUUGUUUCCUAUUAUAUUUCUCACCCUGUUUUGAUGUUCUGGUAGUUACAAAAACUCCUCAAUAAAUAGUUUCCUAGUUUCCCUUGUUUAUGUGGAUCGUCAUGUAUUAUAAGAGCAACUUCAAUGCGUAUGAU